GUCUGAUCCGUCUCUCAGACAAGACAAGCACAACUGGAUUUGAGAAAAAUCCGAAACCUUUCAGAUACUUCUUUUCACUCUCUCUAAUCUCUGCUCAAUAAUUGGCUAGGCCUUUUGAUUUGUUCCUCAGAUUCCCCCAGCCAAUGAUUUAGUGUAAUCUUCACCUUCUUAGAUUUUCCUCCUGGAUAUAUUUAAUCCGAGUGUUGGGUCUGAUAUCAAACACGAGAUCUCUAUACCUACAAAUCUGCGUAUCUGUUUUUGCUUAAAAGAGCUGACCAUGAAAGUGAUCAAAACUACGCAUAGCGUAAGGAACCAGAAGAUAACAAUAAUGACUCGAGAAGAUCAAAUCCAAAACUGUGGCAAUAGUUCUGGUGGUGACAACUUUGGAAGCAAUUCUGGUAGACCAUGCAAAAAGCCAAAGUUGAAGAAGAUCCCAAAGAGAGGACCUGGGGUAGCUCAGCUUGAGAAAAUGAGAGUUGAAGAACAGCAAAAGAAAGAUGAAGUUAUAGCAUCUUCGGCAAUUUUACCACCGUUAUUUUCUGUAUCUUCAAGCAAAUCUUCCUAUCUGGUUCGAUCAAUUCCAAAGUUUGAGCACUACGAUCAACCUUCUUCUUCUCCAAUCUCAUUUCCUUCUCUGCCACUGCGAAACGCGGAUGAUAAUAAAGUGUCAAACACUGUUAUAGUUCCAGGCCAUGGGAUUGUCUCUGAGUUUAGGGGCUCCCAUGAGAAUAAUGAUUUUGAGAAGAGCUUUGUUGUUGAACACGGGUUGGUUUUUCUAUCUAGCUUGCCUCAUGAAUCCAAUUCCAAUUCCAUUAGGCCUCUCCCAAAAUGGGUUCGAACAACACAACCACGUCAACAGCCUCCAUCUUCAAUGGUGAAUGGCUCGUCAGGGACUUCAUCAACACCUUCACUUCGUUACUCAAUAAUGGAGCCCCCUUCAAACCAAAACCAGAGUGGUCACUGGAUGCCUUUGCAGAUGCAGCCUGAGAAGAUGAUUGGCAUGAAAAGGUCAUACCCCUUCUCUCAGGAUGUCCCACCUGCCCCUUUUAACUUUAGGUUGCCUACCAUUGCUGCUCCUAUGAAAAUGAACGAAACUUGUUGUGGGAGCGGGAGUGGAUUUUACUAUGCUGCCAAUGCAACUUUCAGAGAAGUCCCUUCCUCUUCAACAUCCAACUUAGAGGCAAACUCAAAGAGACUCAACACAGUAAAUGAGAAUUUCAAUGGAGGCAUUCUCGCAGUGUCAACUCCAACACCCACUUCAUCAUCUCCGCCUUCAAAAUCUAAGUCUCCUCCAACAGUGCUAGCAUUUCACAAUCAGGAAUAUCCUCAACAAGACUCCCAUUCUUGUCAGGGGAUUGUAGAAGGUCAAAUUACUCAAGCGCCAGUAUUCAGUAGAUUCAAUCAACUGCAGCAACCAUUCUAUAUCUUCAUCCCGCCAGUAGCAAAAGCAGCACAAGUAGGCCAAACGGCUGCCAGAACUCAGAAUGGUAAUGGAGUGCGAGAAAGUGUUGAUUUGAAUUUGAAGCUAUGAACAUACUUUUCUUUAUUACUUCUACGCACCGGCUGCUCCUCGCUAACGGACUCUUUCAGAAAAGACACCUUAUUGCUUUUCACGCGAGGAACUAAUGCCUCUGAAUUUCUGCUGGUGAUGUGUCUUUUAGAAUUUUUUUUAUUUUUUCUGUAUCCAUUUUUUGUCAUUGUAUUUGUUUAACUGGUGGUAAUAUAAUGACAAAAUUCUGCAC